GCGAGGGUGAGGGCCUGGGCCAGGGCCAGGGCCGGCAGCAGCAGCAGCACCAUGGAGAGCGGCGCCGACGGGCGCCUGGACGCCGCCGCCUUCCUCGGGGCCUGGCGGCGCUUCGACGCCGACGACAAUGGUUACAUAGAAGGGAAGGAGCUUGACGAUUUUUUUCAUCAUCUCCUGGAGAAACUGGGACCAGAAAGCACCAUCACAGAAGAAGAAGUUCAGAGGAUGAAGGAGCAAUUCAUGUCUGUUUAUGAUGUCACCACAGAUGGACGCCUGCAAAUCCAGGAGCUUGCAAAUAUGAUGUUGCCGGAUGAUGAGAAUUUCCUACUGCUUUUCCGACGGGAAACUCCCUUGGACAACAGCGUGGAAUUCAUGCGGAUCUGGCGCAGUUACGAUGCUGACAGCAGUGGAUUUAUUUCAGCUGCUGAACUCAAAGAUUUCCUGCGAGAUCUCUUUUUGCAGCAUAACAAGAUGGUUGCUGAGGUAAAGCUGGAAGAGUAUACUGAUACUAUGAUGAAAAUCUUUGACAAAAACAAAGAUGGACGACUGGACCUGAAUGACCUGGCAAGGAUUCUGGCACUCCAGGAAAAUUUCCUUCUGCAAUUCAAGAUGGAUGCUUGCAGCACAGAAGAAAGGAGGAGAGAUUUUGAGAAGAUCUUUGCACACUACGAUGUUAGUAAAACAGGAGCACUUGAAGGCCCAGAAGUGGAUGGGUUUGUCAAAGACAUGAUGGAAUUGGUCAAGCCCAGCAUUAGUGGGGUAGACCUGGACAAGUUCCGCCAGAUCCUGCUCAACCACUGCGAUGUGAACAAGGAUGGGAAAAUUCAGAAAUCUGAACUAGCUUUGUGUCUCGGGCUGAAAAUUAACCCAUAGCUGGGAAAGUGCUUGUGGUUGUGUUUCCCUUUAAAGAUUUGCCGGCUGCUCCUCGUAGAAGUGUGUUCUGUGCUGCUGUGGGAGUGGUGGGGAGCUGAGGCACCAUGCUGCCAGGCUGGAGAGUGGGAUUUGCACGGCGGCCUCCUCAUUCCACCAACUCCUUUGUGAUGUUCACUUGCUGCUGCCUCUUGUGGGUCCCCUUAGCAAUGUCUUGCCACCAGCAGAUGAACUGCUCAGAGGACAGGUUGCUGUUAUUCUGCCCUCAUGAAACACUGCCCUGCCCAUUCUCCUAGGAUAGGAACAAGCAUCUCCUCAAAAACACCCCCUCAGUGCAGCUACUAGGUGUUUCUGAUGGUCGCUUUGUAUGUUGAAGUCAUUACUUUGGUGAACAUUGUGUCUUGUGCAUUUAAAAUAUUGGAUGGAUGACAGUGUAUUUGUGCAGAAAUAAAAUGGCAAUUACAGAAAUUCAGUAACAUCAAAGUUGUAUUAUGUACAGAAAGCCAUCUGCCACAGGCUGGCAGACUGUACACAGCAGCCUUUUAUGAAACAUGCAUCAAAUGGCAAGAAGUUUUGUGAUGCCUAUCAGUUGUGGGGUUUAAAUCUGCAAUGAAACGUGGUAGAUCCUUCCCGUGGGGAAACCACACACACCAUUGUGUGGUUUGUGUGUCACCCUCAGGAUGAAGCCACAGAGUAACAUCAGUUCUGGAGGACACUUCU